ACUUCCAAUAUUUUUCUGACAUUGUGAAAUAGCGCAACAUUUCCCAACUAGAUAGUGGUCAUUAAGGAUCAAGGUUGAUUUCCUAAUGCACACAAGAGAAGGGUUGCACACAAGAGAAAGGCAUGCUAAAGGGAAAUGGAGAAAAGGAGCAUAAAAAAAGUGCGCAGGGUCUGCUUUUCGGAUCAUCGAGCACCACUUUGCACAGUCAGCGGCGUCUCCAGGGUGCAGGCUCGCAACUAGCAUAUCUUUGUUGAAUUGGUGAUCAAUGCAAAAUAAGAGAUGAGCUCACAAACUCAGUGAAAACAGGGGGCAGAAAGCUGUGACUGAUAACAUCCAGAGUAUUCAAAAAUUGUCCAUAGAUUUGGUUCCAGAAUGCUGCACGAAGCUUCCACUACACUCCAAGAAUGGUUGGAGCCAUCCUGGCCUCGGGAUAAAAUCCAUCUUCAUACUGCUGUGGUUCUGAUCUGUGGUUCAACUGCAGGUUAUUUGAUACUGAAAUGGUUAGGCCGGAAAAGGAUUAAAAAACAAAUAGAAGAAACAAGAAGGCAAAGGGAUCACGGCUUGAUAGAAAUGGAAAAAUCAGUGCAAACAUUUAAAAGCCAGAAUCCUGGGUUACCAAGUGAUGAUAUCCUUUCUCUACCUCUGGUAGAACUGGUUAAGAAGCUGAAAGAAGACAUGUUGUCCCCAGAUGUUGUCCUCUACACCUACAUGGAAAAGGCUUUAACGGUCACCAAGGAAGUGAACUGUGUGCGCCAUUUUAUUCCAGAAUGUGAGCCGUUUCUUCAGCAACUGAAAAACCAGGAAGAAAAAGGUUUAUUGUAUGGGGUACCUGUCAGCAUCAAGGAUCACAUUGCAUACAAGGGCCAUUUGACAACUUGUGGCUUUUCUCAUUUUCUUGAUGUGGAAGAAGAAGACAGUGUAUUGGUCAAGGUAUUAAAGAAGCAGGGAGCAAAUCCAUUUGUAUUCACCAAUGUGCCACAAUCUUUAUUCAACUAUGACUGCAGCAAUGUAGUUUUUGGGCAGACUGUAAAUCCUUUGGAUCAUAGGAGGACUCCUGGGGGCUCAUCUGGAGGGGAAGGGGCUCUAAUUGCUGGAGGAGGUUCCAUUUUGGGAUUUGGAUCAGAUUUGGGGGGAAGUAUCCGUCUACCCUCCAGCUUCUGUGGCCUUUGUGGGCUGAAGCCAACCGCAGGUAGAUUGAGUGUUUCUGGAGUGAAGGAGCCUUUUCAUCUUAUGUUAAUUUUAGGAACAAUAGGACCAAUGGCAAAGGAUGUGGAUAGUCUUGCUCUAUGCAUGAAGGCUCUCUUAUGUGAUUACAUGUUCCAGCUGGAUCCCACUGUACCACCUAUGCCAUUCAAUGAAGAGAUUUAUUCAAGCUCUACACCUCUACGGAUUGGGUAUUAUGACACAGAUGACUAUUUCUUGCUUCCACCAUGCAUGAGAAGGGCUGUGCAUAAAACCAGGAAGCUUCUUCAGGAAGCUGGCCAUUCACUAGUUCCCUUCGACCCACCUUCUGUGGAAUAUGUUGUCAAUGAAAUUUAUCUGAAAGGUGCUUUUGCAGAUGGAAGCUCAAGUUUUUUGGCCUUGUUUCAAAAAGAUAUAGUGGAUCCAGCUUUGAAAGAUCAGGUGAAAAUCUUUAAAAUCCCAAAAUUGGUGAAGAAAGUUUUGGCCAAGUUCAUCAAGCUCAGGUUUCCCCAAAUGGCUGGGCAGCUGAAUGCGUUGUGUGGAGUGAGGAAUGUGAAGGACGUAUGGAAGAUCCAUAAAGAAUUGAUGGUCUAUCAGAAAAAGUUUAUUGAGCACUGGAGAAAAAAGAAGCUUGAUGUUGUCCUGUGCCCAGUUCUGGGUCCCGCCUUCCUUCCUGGAUAUUCUUCAAAAUUACUUGCUGCUGUCUCUAAUACCAUGCUGUACAAUGCUUUGAACUUCCCUGCUGGAGUUGUACCAGUCACCACAGUUACAGAAGCAGAUGAAGAAGAGAUGGCACAACACCAGGGAAUCUAUGGUGAUUUCUGGGAUAGGAUCCUGAAAAAGGCAGUAGAAGGUGCUGUUGGUCUUCCUGUGGCAGUUCAAUGUGUAGCUUUACCAUGGCAGGAGGAAUUAUGCCUUCGCUUCAUGAAAGAAGUCGAGAUGCUUUCCAACAAAGUACAACAUAAGAAAGUCAUCUGAACCUGAUAAGCAAUUUGCAGAUCAAAGAUGCAGCUGGACUUAUAAAAAUGAUAGAAUAUCAAGGAAUCUCUAGCACAAGUUUUAUCCCAGAAUAUUUAUUGUUCUGUCAAAGGGGUCACCUUUUGUACAAAUGAUCCACCUCUGCAAAUUGCUGUGAAAGACUGGUCCUCUUUUUUUUGUAUUUUAUGUGCCCAGUUGAGGCAUUUCUCUUUCUACUCGUACACCAUUAUGGGAGAUGGCUGGGUGGACAUUAAUGCUUUCUGUCUUCUACCAUAUUCCUGUCCUUCAUCUGUACUGCAUAGAAAAAGAUAAUGAAAUUAGAGAACUUUUCUUGCAAUAUAAAGUAUACCAAGAUCAAACUGUAUAUUGGUUAGCCGUCUUUGCUUGAUUUGUGGAGGCCAAUGGUUCUAAGUUAGAGAGGAAGGCUAUAUGAGUUCGGAAGGUUUCACUUCAAGAUUUUUUUUUCUUCUAGAGGGGAUCUUCUAUCAGUUAGUUUUAUAUGCAGAAGGUUCAAUACUGCUCCAGUAUGAGAUAUUAUUUAAAUCCUAUUUGUGGAAUCCUUGGGGUUCUCUUGGUUGUUUGCCUCCAGACAUUUCAUUACCUGACUAGGUAACAUCAUCAGUGACAGUGAAUGUGAGAUCUGCCUCCUGUUAAGCAAUUUAGAGUAGCCUUUCCUGCUAGUGCUGAUAGUUCUUUGAUUAGGGUAUUGUUUUCUGCUUUAUUGUUUGUGAAGUGUUACUCCUUGCUUAUUUGGGGAUACGCUGCUAGAGAGGAUGUAUUCUGGUCUUUUUGUUUCCUUCUUAGUUGUCUCUUUUGAAUGGUGGGUAAAGUUGGUUUAGCUCUAUGUGUCUAUUGAUGGCUGAUCUGGCUGAAUGGCAGGCUUCCAAGAAUUCAGUAGCAUUUGGGUUUUUUUAAAUUUGGGGUAAUAUCACUUCUACUGAAUG